CAGAAAUUCUCAAAUCAACAAUAAUUUGGUCGUAACCUGGCGGGGGAGAUGGCAGCCGCCGAUUUAUCUUUCAUCGGAUGAAGCGUGUUCGAUCUGAACAAGGUUUCAAGAACUUUUCAAAGAUGUACAGAGGGAUCUCUCAUAUCGUGGGGCCGUCGAUGCUGAUUUUAGCCUUGACCCUCGUGCGGGUCUCUUAUGCUAUAUCAGACUUCUCUUCGCAAUCUAUUGAGUUACAGACAUUCGCAAGUAUUGAUUCCAACUCACCAUUCCUUCACCCUAAGAACAGUCUCGUCGCACAUUACCCGGAAAACGUUGAAUUGCGAAAUUCAGCAGAUCUCGUCGGAGGAUUUGAAGUCGCUUCGUGGACGAAAGACCCUGAGAUCAGCGAACAGCAGACAGGGGAUGACACAAAAUUAAGGGGCUGCAGCAGGCUUCGAGGAGGAGCAGGGAAAAGGAGGUGUGUUGUCAAAGGUUGCAAAGAAUAUUACAUGCAGAUUGCUGGAGACUGCCAGUACUGCGAUCUGAAGUUUUGCCCUGAUCAUCGUCUUCCUGAGGAACAUGCUUGCAAGAAUUUGUGUCUUUGCAAGGAGGAUGCCUAUAAUAAAAACUACAUGCAGCUUGCGGAGGAGGCAAAGGCGGUUGCUGUGCGACGAGAGAAUAUGAUUCGAGGACAACCAAACAACUGAUUAGACUCAUAUGUAGAUUUGAGAUGUAUCAGGAUCUUUUGUACAAGUAGAUAACAUGAUAAGUAGUGGCCUUACCGUAUUGUGACAGGCGUUAAGUUAUUUUUCCCUUCCUCUCUGUCAACUGCAUGCUUUUUGCCGAUGAGGAAAUUGUAUUCGUUCUUUCUAGGCAUUAUUGUUUCUGUCAAUAGCGUUUAGAUCAAGAUGGUCAGGAAUAGUUGUUUCAUUGAGUCGUAGAAAUACAUUCUUUACAGCCC